CAGUAUUGUUGCCACACACACAUGCUUUAUCACCUCCUUUACUCACUCAAAUGCCAACAAGGUUCCUAACCCUAACCCUAAAAAAAAGACAAUGUCAAAAUGAUCCAGUUAUGGGUUAUGUUGCUUGUUCUUCAUCAAGGAUAUACACUGAUUCCAGUGAUCACAGUUCAGCUUGGUGAACCUGUGACCAUCACAUGCCCUUUGCCCAAUAUUCAGAUCAGCCGUAGAAAACUCUACUGGUACAAGCAGAGUGCUGGGGAUGCUAUGAAAUUAAUUGGGACAAUGGAGAAUUCUUCACCACCUGCGUAUGCACCAGAGUUUUCUGAUUCAAGAUUGAAGAUGAGUAAUGAUAACAAAUUUAGCAACCUAACCAUUGUGAGGACAGUCCAAGAAGAUGAGGGAAUGUAUCACUGUCAAAGCUUGGAGUGGGUUUCAAAACCUGACUGGAGCGGGACAUAUUUGUUACUAAAAGGAAACACUCAUCAAAAGAGGACAUCAAACUAUACUGUUGUUCAGUGGCCAACAGUAUCUGAUCCAGUCGGUCCAGAAGACUCUGUGACUCUCCAGUGUUCAGUCCUCUCUGACUCUGACAAUAAAACAUGUCCAGGAGAUCACAGUGUGUUCUGGUUCAGAGCUGGAUCAGAUCAAUCUCAUCCAAAUAUCAUCUACACUGAUGGAAAUAGACACGAUAAAUGUGACAAGAGAUCCAACACUCAGAAAAGCUGUGUUUAUCGCUUCACUAAGAACGUCGGCUCCUCUGAUGCUGGAACUUAUUACUGUGCUGUGGCCGCAUGUGGAGAGAUAUUAUUUGGAAAUGGAACUAAAGUGGAAAUCGAGCGAACAACAACAAGUUCUGAAUUUAUGCUGCUGAUGAUAACAAUAGUCUGCUUGGUAAUUUCUGUGACUGGAAAUAUCGUUUUCUUCUGUUGCCGAACUCCAAGACUGAUGCGUAAACAACUGAAAGGAACAGUAAGUGUCUCUUCACAAGCAAGACAUGACAGUUCAAGCCAACCAGUACAUGAUAUCGCUGAAGUUGAAGAUGAUAUGAACUACGCUGCAUUGCAUUUAUCUGGAAGGAAAGCCACAAGCGGGAGGAAGAAGAAAGAGUUGAACAUGGACGAAAGUUUAUAUGCUCAAGUUAAAGGCUGAAUGUGUCAAGAGAAUAACCUGUGGUUGUUUAAUAGGAGUUAGUCAUGAUAAAAGCUAAAAUCAUAGCAUACAGACAUGCUCUUUAACUUCCAUGUUUAUUAAAUGUUUUUGUAAGUGC